CCAAAAUUGAAAAAUGUCGGAAACCGCAACAAUCAGAACUCGUAAGUUCCUGACUAACCGCCUGUUGGCGAGGAAGCAGAUGAUCGUUGAUGUUCUGCACCCUGGUAGGGCAACUGUCCCCAAGACAGAAAUCAGGGAGAAGCUAGCCAAGAUGUACAAAACUACCCCAGAUGUCAUCUUCUGCUUUGGAUUCCGUACCCAGUUCGGUGGUGGUAAAACUACUGGAUUUGGUCUGAUCUACGACAGUUUAGAGAAUGCCAAGAAGUUUGAACCUAACUACAGACUUGCUCGUCAAGGUCUAUAUGAGAAAAAGAAGGGUGUCUCAAGGAAGCAGAGGAAAGAAAGGAAAAACAGACAGAAGAAGGUCAGAGGAACAGCCAAGGCAAAGAUCGGAGCUGGAAAGAAGAAAUAAGUCAAGUAAACCUACAACUUCACUUGCUGAGGAUUUACAGACCACUGGUGGAUUCAUCAUCUUACAGAACAUUAUUAUCAAAUGGACUCUGGCUAUUUGGAAUAUCUUGUCUACCAUUAGUCUAAUACAAUGAAAAAAAACUAAAAACUAAUUUUAGUCAAUGUGUUUUGUGGAUUAGUGUUUAUUGGUGAAAGCAUAGGGUGAAAUCUCUCAAGUGACAUGUCACUGUGGUGAUCCACUCGAUUACGCUUGUUACAGAAACGGUUUGUU